ACUAAAAUAAUAGAUAAAGUAUGGUUUAAAAAUGUACGGAGUAUCAAAUUGUAUAGUGGAAAAUUUAUGAAAAAUAAUAAAAUCCAAGCUAAACCCACUAUAAUAAAGAAACAAGUAUAUAGCCUAAUAGCCAUAUAGGAGGGUGGAGGGUGAAUCAUGAAAGUUGGCCUCAUAAAUCUCAAUCUCAAAUCCAAGCAAUGCAGCCAUAAAUUAUUCACAAAAAGCAAAGCCUCUUCCUGGCUUCUCCCUCUUUUUCUUGCCCUUCUUUAACUUGCAACCAUCUAUCUGCUUUUCCAGCACUUGUGCUUUAAAACUAUCCCAUGUGACCUUAGUUAACCUUGAAAUAGAAAAUUCACACCUGUUUUUUCUUACUUCCCAACAAUGGCCAAAACAACAAAUCCUAGGAAGCUCACAAAAGAAGUUCACAGAACAAGAAGAAGUCAACCCCCUUCACAGAGGGAAGAUGACAAAGAAAAGCAGCAGUCGCAGUCGCAGCAGCAGUCGCAAGCAUUACCUUCAUGGGUGGUAAUGAGGAACAUUCUCACUUGCAAGCACCUCCAAGUGGAGCAACAGCCACAGCAAGAGCAAGCAUCACUGUCCCAGAAAAAGAAACAGCAAAAGCAAAAGCAAAAGCAUGCUGAAAAACCAGCAAUACCGGAGGAAAACAGCAAGAAGAAUAAGAAAAUGAAAUGUUCAGGGUCACUUUGCAACAACACAAAAGUGAUGCAGAGGCCUGAAACAGCUUCCCCUGAAACACUUCAGAGAAAAAGCAGGGGUGGUCCUACCCAUGCUAGUACUAGCACCACCAGUAGCAGCAGCCAUGAAGGAUCAAAUCGGUCAAUCAAAUCUCCUGUUUUGAGUGACCUUAGUAACACUAAUGGGGUCUUACUUAAAUCAUCUUCUUCUAACAGUACUACUGCUGCUAAUUACUCUAUUAAAGGGAUUCCAUUUAGAAGACUUUCAGGGUGUUAUGAGUGUAGAAUGGUUGUUGAUCCUGUUUUGUCUUUCACUAGAGAUCCUUCUCUUAGAGCUACUAUUUGUUCUUGCCCUCAUUGCGGCGAAGUUUUCAUGAAACCUGAGAAUUUGGAGCUUCAUCAGGCUGUCAGGCAUGCAGUAUCUGAACUGGGUCCUGAGGAUACAAGUAAGAAUAUAGUAGAGAUUAUAUUCCAAUCAAGCUGGCUAAAGAAGCAAACUCCAGUAUGCAAAAUUGAUAGAAUUCUUAAAGUCCACAACACCCAAAAGACCAUCAACAAGUUUGAGGAAUAUAGGGACUCAAUUAAAUUUAAGGCAACAAGGCUCCCUAAAAAACAUGCUAGGUGCAUAGCUGAUGGAAAUGAGCUUCUAAGGUUCCAUUGCACCACAUUUAUGUGCUCCCUAGGUUUAAAUGACUCCUCCAACCUUUGUAAUUCCAUCCCACAUUGCAAUGUUUGUAGCAUUAUUAAAAAUGGAUUUAAGCUAGCCGAUGAGGGGCCUACAGGCAAAGACAUACUAACGACUGCCACGAGUGGGCGAGCUCAUGAUCGAGCUGAUGUUGGUUCAGAGGAGCAGGAGAGGAGGGCAAUGCUGGUGUGCCGGGUGAUUGCCGGCCGGGUCAAGAAGAGCCCAGAAGGUGGUGGAUCAGAGGAGUAUGACUCGGUGGCCGGAGCAACCGGAGUUUAUUCAAAUUUGGAUGAGUUGUAUGUUUUUAACCCCAAGGCAAUUCUGCCUUGUUUUGUUGUUAUCUAUAGGGGGUUUUAGAUGUUUGGGCUGGAGAUCUUAAAUUAGUGUAGAUUAUUUCUACAUGCUUUGGUUAUUGUAUAUCUUCAGCUUUGGGUAGGGCAACGUUUUAAUGAUAUUUUGUACUAUAUGCAAAAUGUGCAUGGAAAUGGUAGCCUUUGGUUAGAAAACCCAAGCAAUGCAAGUUAAGAUUGUUCUAAUUUGGCUCCAGUCAACUCUUUAAAAAAUGAAAAAGACCAACUACCAACUUAGCCAGUGAGUUAAAUUAUUUCAUUUGAUCUCAUUGAUAAGUUCAUUUCAAAAGUAUAAUGACAGAAGUUAGAUGAUUUAUAGUAAUGGUUUGGAGCUAUUGUGAAGUAAAGAAAAUGAAAGAUUAUAUUCAUUGAUAAUUCUCUUAUUAAAAGAAAAAGUUAUGAUAGAAAAGGGAGAUAAAAAAAAACCUGGUCGGUUUGGCAUGAACAGAUGUCCUAGAAAUAGAUAAUGAAGUGAAAGAGAUGUCACUGCAACUCAUCACAAAUGGAAAUCUGUUUGUUAGUUGUAAUACAGAUGCCAUAAACAAGCUAGAUGUGGUCCAAUCUAACAAUAUUAUUGCCCCCUAUAAAAGCGCCCAACCAAACAAAAUUAUUGACCCUAUAAAUUAAAAAACACCAAAUCCAUGCUUCUU